AUGCCUUCCGACUGGGACCGAGUCCCCUCUGACGCCGGCUUCGAUAGCUGGAACGACCUGAAACUUGCCGCCGACGAUCGCGCCGAAGAGAUCACCGCCGAGCUGGAGGCCAAGAGAGCGCAAAGAGAUGCCAUAUUUGCGGCCAAGAUGGAGAAAAACGAGUUGGAAUGGGCCCAGACGCUUAGAAGGAGACUGGCCAUAAAACCUACUGAACCGGAAAAGAGCCAGACGAUGGGGGGGAUGCUGGUUAUGAAGCAGUUGCCGCAGAUGAGGCCUCACGACGAACGAGCACCUCAAAUUUUCGGAGCAGGAGGGCAAAGUGAAAGCCCGGCACGAAACGGACAAGAAGCUCAACAGGAGACGGUCAAGACACCCACGGAUCAGGGCACGAAGCCAAACAUGAAGCGCAAGCACGGUAAACAGCCCGUCAACGGACCCUAA